AGUAACGGAACUUCAGAUAGUCAAUUAUUACACUGCGACGUGGUGUACUAUAGUGCUUGCCUACGCUUGUCUUAAUUUUGGUCUAACAAUGGAACUGAAAUUUGUGCUAAUCGCCGUCUUCAUUGGCACACUUCAAAUCAUUCACGCUAAGGACUAUUGUGAUUCAUCCUAUUGUGGAUCCAGGAAGCAUAUUGCUUGCGACAACGAUGGGAAAUUCGCGGCGUCUUGCGAAAAUCCCGCUAUGAUCACUCUUACGCAAACUGAAAAAGAUUUGAUCGUCGAUUCGCACAAUAACAAACGUAAUACUGUGGCUGGCGGUAAGACGAAAUUGAAACCGGCCUGCCGUAUGGCCACCAUGCAGUGGGACGACGAACUGGCCGAACUGGCGGCUUUGAAUGUCAAACAAUGUGACAUGAAACACGAUGCCUGCCACAAUACGGAUGCCUUCAAAUAUUCCGGACAGAAUUUGGCUUGGAUUACUUUCUAUAAUACGCCGAAUGCUACCGCAUUGUCAUUACGAUCCAUAGAUUUGUGGUAUGAUGAGAUCGAAGACACCAAAAUGGAGUAUAUUAAUAAGUACCCGAAUGGGUAUCGUGGCCCCGCUAUUGGUCACUUUACCGUUAUGAUGGCAGAUCGUAAUAUUCGUGUGGGUUGCGCUGCUGCUUCUUACGACGAACCGGGUGAAGAAUAUAAAGCUUUCCUAUUCGCCUGUAAUUAUGCAACAACAAAUAUGAUCAACUUCCCAAUGUAUAAGAGUUGUUCGGUAGGAGCCUCGGAAUGCAAGGCUGGCACAAAUCCGAAAUACACUAGUCUUUGUUCGGUCUCGGAAAAGUAUGAUGUUAACGAAUGGUUUUAAAACACUGUAGUUAUAAAUGAAUUUUGAUUUCAUUUGAUAAAAUUAGAAAAAAAUUCAAUAAAUGCAAGCUUUGAAUUUAAUAAAAAAAAAAA